AUGCUCUUCUUCAGUUUCUUCAAGACCCUUACAAACCAAACCGUGAUUAUCGAGCUCAAAAAUGACAUUCGUAUCCGCGGAACACUGAAAUCCGUCGACCAAUACCUUAACAUCAAGCUCGACGAUGUCGACGUCCUGGAUCUGGACAAGUACCCUCACCUGUCGUCCGUGAAGAAUAUGUUCAUCCGUGGUAGCGUGGUGCGCUACGUUGUCCUGCCCCGGUCGGAAGUGGAUGUCGGUUUGCUGGAGGAUGCCACAAGACGAGAGGCAGCCAACCAAGCCGGAAAAGCCCGGUGA